AUGGCUAAAAUAUUUUCUAUGUUUGAGACAUACAGUGUGCGCCAUCGCGGCCCUGAUUGGAUCCUUGCACAUGAGCGGUUGAGCAUUAUUGGUCUCGAUUCCGGCUCCCAGCCCCUUGUUAAUGAUGAUGAAACCUUCGCUCUCGCGGUCAACGGCGAGAUUUAUAACCACAGAAUCUUGCGAAAGGGUCUGAAAACUUCAUAUAACUUCAAGACGCAGUCGGAUUGCGAAGUUAUCAUCCCCCUGUUCAUGGAGCAUGGCAUCGACACCCCUAAAUACCUCGACGGUAUGUUCUCAUGGGUCCUCUUCGACAAGAAGGAGGACAGAGUUGUCGCUGCCCGAGACCCAAUCGGUAUCACGAGCUUUUACCAGGGAUGGUCCUCUCAAACACCUGGCGCGGUCUAUUUCGCCUCUGAACUAAAGUCGUUGCACCCCGUCUGCGACAAGAUCAUCUCCUUCCCACCAGGCCACGUAUAUGAUUCGAAAACAGACACUAUGAAACGUUACUUCGAGCCUACAUGGUGGGAUUCAACCAACGUCCCAACGGCCCCCGUUGACUACAAACUCAUCCGCGAAACGUUGGAGAAAUCCGUGCGCAAACGGUUGAUGGCGGAGGUUCCAUAUGGUGUCCUGCUUUCUGGGGGCCUGGACUCGAGCUUAGUGGCCUCCAUUGCGCAGCGGGAAACGCUGCGGCAACAGCAACGUGCUGCUUCCGGCAGCGGUGAGAACGGACAUGUCAACCGGGUAGCGUCCGGCUCGGGACUGGUGGGCAUUGACGAUUCUGACGAACUAUCCACGAUCACGAAACUGCCACAGCUUCAUUCGUUUUCUAUUGGCCUCCCCGAUUCCCCUGACACUAAGGCGGCGCUUGAAGUGGCCAACUUCCUCGGAACGAAGCAUCAUGCCUUUACCUUUACGGUGGAAGAUGGCCUCAGCGCCCUCUCGGAUGUCAUCUACCACCUGGAAACGUACGAUGUGACCACCAUCCGCGCAUCGACACCCAUGUACCUGCUCAGCAGAAAAAUUAAGGGGCUAGGCGUAAAGAUGGUGCUUAGCGGUGAGGGCAGCGAUGAGAUCUUCGGCGGGUACCUGUAUUUCCACGCCGCGCCAAGCAAGGAGGCCUUCCACGAGGAGACUGUGUCACGUGUAAAACAUCUGCAUCUGGCCGAUUGCCUGCGUGCCAACAAGUCAACCUCCGCAUGGGGUGUUGAGGCUCGCGUCCCUUUCCUUGAUAAGCAAUUCCUCGAAGUCUCCAUGGGCAUCGACCCACAGGAGAAGAUGAUUACAAAAGACCGGAUUGAGAAAUACAUCCUGCGCAAGGCGUUUGAUACCUCUGAUGAGGGGCCGGAUGCGAAGCCGUACCUGCCUGAGAAUAUCCUGUGGAGGCAGAAGGAGCAGUUUAGUGAUGGGGUUGGGUAUGGAUGGAUUGAUGCUUUGAAGCAUAAUGCGGAGUUGCAUGUUACGGAUGAGAUGAUGAAGAAUCCUAACCCGGAGUGGGGGGAUGAAGUGCCGGAUACUAAGGAAGGAUUCUGGUAUCGUAUGAUGUUCGACGAGCACUUUCCGCCAUACUGCGCGUCGACGGUGAUGCGGUGGACGCCAAAAUGGUCGAAGCAGACGGAUCCCAGUGGACGUGCGAUUUCGAUACAUAUUGCCAAGUACGAGAACUAG